AUGUUAUUCAAAUCUUUAAAUCAAAUAAAUUCAUCAUCAUCCUUAUCAACAAGUUCAAACUCUUCAGAGUUUUUAGCAAACUUUGAAAAUGGACAAAACAUUCAACAAUUUGAAUUCAGUAGUGAUUCAAAUUGUAAUACAAGUAGACAUUACAACAAUGUUAUUUUCACAAGGCCUCAAAUAUCAAUUUAA